AUGUCAAUUCGUUUAGGCUAUGUAGACAUUCAACUCACUACGCCUGCAAGCUCAGAAGCAAGGAAUGCAUGUGACAUAUCAAUGAUGAGAGCUAAUAGUCAAGAUCAACAAAAAUUAAACUUGAUAUCAAAGCUUGCAAGCACAGGAGUUAUUAAUACAGUGGGUUGCCUAUUUAAGCAAUCCCUAUGUUCUAUUCUUAUUCAGCUUGUGCUUGACCAAACAUUACAGUCUUCUGAUAUCAAUCGUCUACUCAAUUUAUUACCAUUCAUCAAUAGAAACAGUCAGCCAGAUGAGUCAUUCAUAUCCGUAUUUGAUUCCAUUAUCGAGUCAAGCCUGCUGUCCAUAUUUCUUCGUUUACCUUCACCCUCUAUUGACCCUCAGCUGUCACAGAGCAGUAAUCAUGAUGUCGCAUACUUCUUGUACAACUUGAGUCCACAUUUGCCUGGAAUGAAGACUACCUUGUAUCAAUACCAAAAGAAUUCACUCCAAAAAAUGCUAGAGAGAGAACUUGUGCCCAAACAAGUAGACAAACCGGAAGUCAUUCAAUUCAAAGCUAUAGAUGGAUCAACUAUCUAUUUAAAUCAAUAUACAGGCGCAUUAUCUAGUAAGCCUGAUAGAAUGACAGAUCUAUUUGGUGGAAUCAUCUGUGAGGAUAUGGGUACUGGAAAGACCUGUCUUUGUUUGGCUGCUGUCAUGGCUACCAAGGAUCUGCUCUAUCCUUUUUCAUCAAUUAAUACGGAUUGUUUCAUCAAGACUAACCUGAAAAAACAUCAGCCACAUACACUAAAGGCAAUAGCAGCCGAACAGCUGCUAUCGUCUGGCAUCAAUUGGAAUGCCAUCUCAGAUCGAUUACCCGAAGAUGUCGUCGAAUGGUUCCAGGCAUACCCUUUGCAUUACGAAUGGGUCGAUAUUCCUCUUCAUUUUAAUUUUGAGCGAUCGCGAAGAAGAGAGCCUCAGUUUACGAGACUAGUUGUUUACGUAUCCAAUGCGACGCUUAUUAUAGUCCCUGAUAAUCUGAUUGAUCAAUGGACAGGUGAAAUCUAUAAGCAUGUUCAAGAUGGUAAAGUUCAUUUUACCGUCUAUGAUCAAUUAAAACAAGUAAUCAAGCCGCCUCUUGAAUUACUUGAUCUUGAUCUCGUCAUCAUAAGUCAAAGCAGAUUCGCCCAUGAGAACCAGCAAGGUGGAUUAGACUUUCGGAGUACCGUCUGUCAGUGUCCAUACAUUGGGUCUACAAGAGAAAGAGCCUGUAUAUGCGCAGUAACAGAAUACCCAAAACAAUACGUUUCCCCUUUGUUGCAGAUACAUUGGAAACGUGUUAUUGUUGACGAAGGCCAUAGGUUAUCCAAUGAAAACAAGCUAGCUGAGCUAUCUAGAAAACUCUUUUGUAAUGCAAAAUGGGUAUGUACCGGUACACCCACUCACAACCUCACAGACACAACAUUAUCGCGUAAGGACUUGAACGAGGCCGACGAUCUAGAUCGAUUAGGAAAGCUCUUUGGCCAGGCUCUUGGCAUGGAGCCCUUCAAGGAUAGUAAAAAAUUAUGGCAUCGAAUGGUGACGAGACCCUUCCUGAGCAGAAAGCCUUGGGGCAUGCGACGGCUUAUUGACAUCUUAGAAAGGACCAUGAUACGUACCCAGCGACAGGAUAUUGAAAAAGAAGUUUCACUUCCACCCUUACAUCAAGAUAUUGUGUUUCUGGAUUUUGACUACUACCAAUGGCUGACACAUAACUGCCAAAUUGCCAUGAUUGCUUUAAAUGCAAUCUUAUCCAAACGCGAAGGGCCUGAUUAUUUGUUUUCUUCCAAGAACUACAAGUCAUUAAGAGAAACCGUGCAUAACCUUUGGCAGAGCUGUCUAUGGCAUUCGGUCUCUCCUGGCCUCAUCGAAGCAGCAUAUAACAACUGCUUGGAAAAGUGCCAUGAUGUCGAACAAGGUAAGGAAGAUUAUGGUCAAGAAAACGAAGAUUUGAAAAGCAUCAGAGCCAUUUUGCAUGAAGCUGUCAGUUGCGAGAUGUUUAUGCAAAUCAUGACUUCACACUUUCCUGCACUGAUCGUUCAAGGUCUACCGCAUGUCUUCAAGGAACACUGGGGAUUACUGAAGGGCAGCGCAGGAGCAUACACACACAUUGGGUCCUCACUACCAUGGGAGGACGGACCGUGUGUAGUGCAGGAAGAUAAGUUGAUAGAUAUCCUUGAAAUGCUGUCUUCAAUGAAGUCCAGUGACAUGCAACACUUAUUUUAUUAUGACGGAGCGCAACUACGUACAAUAGACCCUAAUAAAUCUGAGCAGCAAACAGAGAGCCAAGAGGCGUGGACAUUUUAUACCCGCCAUGCUCUCUCUGAUGCUCGUAUCCUAGGUGCCACCAGCAGCAAGUUAAAUUAUCUUGUCAACCAAGUAGUGAAAUACCAACCAACGGAAAAAUGCAUCAUCUUUGCACAACAUCACAAUGAAAUGGUUGAGAUAUAUUGGUUACUGACCCAUCUGGCAAAAAUAAGAGUCCUCAUAUAUCACGAAAGCAAAAUGAGUAAUUCUCAAAGGUCGCAAAUUAUCAUGACAUUCAAUACAUCCGAAAAUGCAAAUGUGAUAAUAAUGCCUGUGCGGAAGGCAGCUUACGGUAUUGACCUAUCAUCUGCCACCCGCAUCUUCUUUGUCAGUCCUGUCUGGCAAACAGCCAUGGAACAACAGGCCAUCAAGCGCGCGCAUCGUAUAGGACAGACACGACCCGUAUAUGUGGAAACGUUGGUCAUUCGUAACACGAUUGAACAUGAGUUGCUGAAACGAAGAGAACAAGUAGAGGAAAAUUCUCAAGAUUUCUUUACGGAUUCAAAGUUGAAGCAUAUACUGAACCAUGCAAGAUUUGCACAGCGACCCAAGCAUGAGCAUGAUAUCGCCAUUCCACUUUUACAUCCGAUCUAUCUUUUGCCGUCAGAAAGAAAACGGAUUGUACCUGAUAAAAAAGAAGACAUCGAAAAGCCCAGUUCAGAUACAGUGGAUAUUGAAGGCCACGAAGAGAUUAAAAAAGUGAAAAGUAAAGGCACACCUCCACCAGAAAAAAAGAGAAAGACUGUUCGUUUUAGUGAUUAG